AUGCAGUUCCCUUUCGCCUUGGUCUUAAUGGCCAGCGCCGCCCUUGCGCAAUCCACAACCCAAAUAUUCAAUUUUACAAGCUAUGUCGACAUUGAAAACAGUGCCCUUCGCCCCAAUGGCAAUCUUCUUCUGACUACUUUUGACAACGGUCGCCUUUACACACUCAACCCUUCAAGCAAGGCUCCAGAGGCAGAGCUACUUGCCGCGCUCCCCGGAGCUACUGCUCUGUGCGGUAUCACAGCCAUCGCCGCGGACAAGUUUGCCAUUGUUGGUGGGGUCCGAGGCCACUACAGCUACACAAAUGAGACGCUCUACACAGUCGACUUCAGCCAAAAUGCUGCAAACCCCACAAUCCGCACGGUCACCCGACUACCAGGCGCUGUCAUGCUCAAUGGCAUGGCAUCCCUGCCUAAGCAAUCACACAUCGUGCUCAUUGCAGACUCGCGCCUCGGAUACCUGUUCCGCGUCGAUACAAGAACGGGCGCUUCGAAGGUAGCUUUCAAAGAUGAAGCCUUGACGGCGCCAGCAAACGCAACAAUCCCCAUCGGGGUCAAUGGUCUCAAAGUCACCGGGGGCUACGUGUAUUUCACGAACUCUGCCCGAAACACCUUUUCCCGUAUACCCGUCAGCGCUGAUGGACUCAAAUUCGGCGCCAUUCAGGUCAUUUCUCGGUUGAAUGCAGGCACCACAGGGGACGACUGGGAUGACUUUGCGAUUGAUACCGAAGGCGUGGCUUACGUGGCGCAGCCUGACAAUGCAAUUGCAAGGAUUUCCCCGGAUGGCCAGCAGACCAUUGUCGCCGGAGGUGGAAGCUCCAAUAUCAUUAUAGGACCUACAUCGGUACAAAUUGCCAAUGGUGGGGAAUUACUAUACGUCACAACUCGCGGAGGAACAGUGGAUGGGUUUUCAUACAGCGGACAGGUUCUUCAAGUUCAACUAUCUGGGAAAUAG